AUGAUUGGGCAUCCGCUUCAGGCGACAGCCUCCGAUCCAGACAGCAUCAGCAGGGAGAAGGAGAACCCGGAGGAGAACCAGCCGGAGAUGCAUGCCAGCAAAAGCCCAGCCAGUAGUGGCUCGGGAUCCAUCACCGAGCGCGCAGCUAUGAUCCGUGACGAGCUGCUGGGAGAGGACUCGGUCGAGCGCCACACUGUUCAAGCAUCUGAAGGCUCUUCUACCAAUAGCAUUGUUGGUGGUGAUCAAAGCAGUCAGAAGGAAAUGCAUGGCGAUGAUGACGAGGAGCUCGAGCAGAGGCUAAGCAUCUCGUACAUUGCUCACUCACUGCGUCACAUCGCCAUUGCUUUCGACGAGAAGAGUCGCGAACUCGAAAGUCUUAGAAACAUCCAGCAGACGCAUGACGAAGAAUGUGCCUUGCUUCGAUCGCAGCUUGAAGCUGAAGAAGACGAACGACAAACCCUACUCACUCAGCUCAACAACGUUAACUCCACCACUACCGCUCUCGAACGUGAAGUAGAAGCUCUGAAGCACGAGAUCGCACACAAAGACGAGCUUAUCUGCUUCUCUGACGAUAUCUCCUCCCGCCUCUUCGACAUUAUCCACGCCAUCCGAGCUCAGGUGGAGGCGGUUGAAUCUCUCUCCCCGGCCAUCCGUAGUCUCUCAGUCACUCCUGCCACGUCUUCUUGGAGCGAUAUCUCUCCCACCUUUGCCUCAGUCUCGUCUCUCGAUUCGAGUGUCAUGACUCCUCCCCUCUACCAAGCUCCAGGCAGCCUUGAUCAGCUCUUCAAGGAGUUUCUGGCCAAGAAUGCCCCGCUGUCUGAUGACGACCUUGUUUAG